CUCGAUACUUCUUUGAUCGCGGGGUUCGCGUAAUAAUGCGAGUAUCAAAGAACAACUCCGAAGUUGCAUGUUGCUUUGCUGCCAGUGAGAUGUUUAGCGUCAACUUCUAGCGACUAUCUUCAGUAAUACCACCAAUUUGUCAGAGUUCACGAGCCUUCGGGCUGUGUACCGUCGAAAUGGCUCCAUCAGCAAAUCUGACUGCGAAGCUGAAAGUCCAGCUGAAGCUAUCCAUUGCACGGCUGCGCAUGGUGCAGAAACGCGAUGAAGCUAUGGGGAAGACCCAGAGAAGGGCAAUGGCCCAAUUACUAGAGGUUGGUAAGAUCGAUUCGGCGAAGAUAAGAGUCGAGAAUAUCAUUCGAUCCGAUAUCACCACAGAACUCCAUGAGAUCCUUGAGUUGUAUUGCGAGUUGCUACUAGCGCGGGCUGGCCUCUUAGAGGGCAGCAUGUGCGAUCCUGGACUGGAAGAGGCAGUGAAAAGCAUCAUAUAUGCUGCCCCCAAGACAGAGAUCAAAGAAUUACAGCAGGUACGCGCACUUUUGGGGGAGAAGUAUGGCAAAGAGUUCGUAUUGGCGGCUAUGGAAAAUUCAGAUCAGAAGGUCUCCGAAAAGGUCGUCAAGAAGCUUAGCGUCACUCCACCUCGAGAAGAGCUUGUCCAGGGUUAUCUGGAAGAGAUCGCAAGGGCGUAUGGGGUCAACUGGCCGAGGCGAGCUAAGGAUUUGGGCGAACCACCGGAGUUCGUUGACGACGAUACGAGCAAUAGCCCAAGCGGUGGCCAAGCACAGAGGGCCUCGGGGGCAGCUCUUCCUGAUGACAGCAAAGCCACGCUGGAAAGGGAAGCGCUGAUCCGCGAAACACCUCCUCGAUCCCUAGGACUAGAUACCCCCGUACAUGUUAAUCCACCAAGUCCAUCCACCGAUAACCCUCGGCCUAGAGUCACGUUGAACUCGGUGGAACUGAAGCCCAGUCAGAAGAUGAUUGAUGCUGGCAUAUCAAAGAACAGCGAUAGUAAGAAGGAUGGGACGAGUGUUGAUGAACUAACAGCUCGCUUUGCUGCUCUAAAGCGUUAAUAUGUCUAAAUGCCGGACUCUAGAGAUCUUGAAAUCCCGGGAAGACAUUUCGCUCUUCGAUCGAGCUGCCCUAUUUCUCCUUGAUUUUAUCUUACGGUUCAUCCCUUACCAAAUGACAUAGUUAUCUUGUAGUAAACCUGCUAGCUACCUACAUAACUACGUGUGCCUGAAUACAUCGACACUAGUUUUAAAAAGCAUAAUGUUAUAAACGCUCAACCCAGUUUACACCACAGUUGCCAUAUAAGUUAAUAGUCGAGUUAAAGCAUUUAGGUAGCCAAGA